AAGCAUGUUUUCUAAAGAAUUUCUCAGGCUUGAAAUCCAAUACAGAGUGACUCAGUGGAACACCUACAGAAGUGACACUGUUCUACCACUAUGAAGAAAAGCAGUGUUGCCUUGCUUUUGGGUAUCAUCUUCCUGACUCUGAUUGGAGUUCAAGGAACCCUACUAAUGAGGAAUGGACGUUGUUCCUGCAUCAACACCAGCCAAAGGAUGAUCCAUUUAAAAUCCUUAAGGGAUCUUAAACAAUUCACCCCAAGCCCUUCUUGUGAGAAAAUGGAAGUCAUUGCUACAAUGAAGAAUGGGGAUCAAACAUGUCUAAACCCAGAUUCACCAGAUGUGAAAAAAUUGAUUAAAGAGUGGGAGAAACAGGUCAGCCUAAAGAAAAAGCAAAAGAAAGGGAAAAAACAUCCAAAAACCAAGAAAGUUCGAAAAGUUAAAAAAUCUCAACGUCCUGAUCAAAAGAAGAUGACAUGAGGGACCAUGUUACCAACAAGUAUUCUGUGUUAAAAAGCUUCUCUUUAACCACCCUGAAAUAAUUCCAAAAGGGGAGGGCAUCUUAAUGCAUAAGCUUAUUGAUUUGACUAGAAAAAUUAAAGCAUUAUUAUGUCAGAGUAAUUCAAGCUAGAAGCUUGCUUUUAAAAUCCCAGUAUGAAGAAUGUUUAGAAGCUAUAGUUUGUCUUUGUUCUUCCAUCUCCAACCAACUGGAUUUCAUCAUGCUUUAGCUACAGUCCUAGUAACGCCCACACCUGGGCAGACAUCCUCACAAACACAUCCCACCCAACAGCUGCCUGGAAGAGCAGCCAUGGGCUUUCCAGGCCACACACUGCAGCCUCCAGAGACCAUCUUUAGAUACAGGUCAACAGCCCCCAGCCUGGCAGCGUGCUGGUAAGCCAGGCAGUUUGGAAUUGAGCUGGACCUCGCCAAGCUGCCAUGGCCAUCAGCAUCUAUAUUCAUGUCAGCCUAUGGGUCUCACAUACAACAUUUCUGAGAGGUUCAUUUCUGAGGGCCGCCUCUGGAGAGCACUAGCACUUGGCCUUCUGAAACUUCUGUCUGGUUUUGAGGCCAUGUGACCCCAUCUUGCCUUUCCAGGCUGACCACAUCAGUCUUUGGUCCCUUCUGCCUCAGUCAGGCCAGUUCCUCGCCAUCCUAUGGCAAUGCAGUGCCUGCUCCUUCUACCACACAGGUCGUGCUCUCACUCGCCUUGGUCAACUGCUUCCUCCCACUUCCCCAACACCCCACGGAUAUGCCCCUUCUCUUCACUCAGCCUCACUUGAUCACUUCAAGGCUUAAUUUUAUCCUCCCUCUUAAAUAGAACCUUCUAGAUACUUGGAUCAUUUUAAAACUAUUUCACUUAUAUUCAGUGCCAUAUAGAUGAACACUUGUUUCCUAAUUAUUUUGUGUGUGUUUUAUCUCUCUAACAAGAUUGUCAGCUCCUUGAGGGCAGGGGCCAGAGUUUAUUUCCCUGAAUCUGCCAUCAUGCCUAAUAUACUGUGGAACUGGGUUUGGCAUCAUUUCUUCACUGCAGUUGCUGCAGGUAGGAGAGCAACCAGACCAUCUCCUCGGAGCAGGAGCUGGCUAUUUACUGGCUACUCCAAAUUGUCUAACCCCUGGUAACAUCUUUUAUUCAUUAUCUUCAGGCUAUUAUCACUUCGGGGAUGUGAGGUGAUACAACAUCCUUGUUUUAUUAGGACAGGAUGUUUACUUGGCCUCUCCAACAGAUAAGAAGGAAAUGUUUAAAUCACUUAUGGAAAUUCUAAACUGUUUUCACUGAAUAUACACACUACCUAGAUUCAUGGAGUCUUAGAAUGGGAAGGGAUCAACCAGUAUCUCAGCUUUUCCCGCAGAGUACAAAAAUUCCUUCAGUACCCUUCCUGACAAGCCUCAGUUUUCUAUGACCUGACAAGAAGGCCACCAAGAUCCUUUUGAAAACACAUUUUGGGUAAAUAUGAAUUUCAUUGUUGGUUUAACUUGUUUCAGAUUUUGUAAAAUAGCAUGAUUAUUGAUUACCACACCAGCAUCCGUGAGGAGAGGGGGUGUUAAGUUAUCAAGAGCUAGAGGAAGCGGUAAAUCCUGUCAUUGGAAGUGUGGUUGGUGCCCUUAGCCUCUGCAAGUUCGGAGAACUGUUGAAGGGAAGGUGUCGUUGGCCAGAAUGUCUUUCCCAAAUUUUGUCACUCCUUACACAGCAGAUGUUUCCAGGGCUGCCCAUGGUGAUCCCAACAGCAUUUUAUCUGGUUAUGAAGAUCUUUAAUUCCUUCCAUGUAACUCCCCUGAAAAAUCUAAAUGUUUCCUAAUUUGAGAAUCUGUGACGCUUGCAUUUCACAGGUAAAGUGGACAGUGUACAACUAAAGCCAAAGACUACAUGUUUUGACUAAGUAACUAUGACAUAUAAAAACAUGAUAAUCAUUCAUCAUUUAUACAUAUAUGUAUAGUCUCUAAGCAAAUAAUUAUUAGGUUCAAAGCUGUAUUAGCAUAUAUACCCUGUACUUUGAAAUAUUUUCUUUGCUAAAAGACAAUGCUGUCAGUAAAUGGACCACUGAUCAGAAAAUAA